AUGCACUUGGGGAAGAGCAGUGUUGGUCCUGCAAAGUCCGGCCUCAGCAUCCAGCGGGCCGAGGACCCGAGCAGCAGAGCGCUGGCUGCUGGGAACCGGAACAACUGCAACAACAAGGACGGUAAAGAAGAUGGCAAGACGGAGGAACCCAAAAAGGACGACAAGAAAGACGACAAGAAGGAUGAUAAGAAAGAAGAACCAAAGGAUGUGUGGAUCAUGGACCCCGCCACCGACACGUACUACUACUGGCUGGGCGUCAUCUCCAUCCCCGUGUUCUACAACCUGAUGCUGCUGGUGGCCAGGUCUUGUUUCAAUGAGCUGCAGUCUGGAAGCCUCACAAUGUGGCUGGUCCUGGACUACACCUCCGAUGUCCUCUACUUCAUUGACACCUUCGUGAGAGCCCGGACGGGGUUUCUGGAGCAGGGUCUUCUUGUACGGGAUCCAAAGGUCCUGAAGGAAAAGUACAUGAAGACGCGGCAGUUCAGAUUAGACAUCAUAUCAGUGAUUCCCACAGAUAUCGUAUUCCUCAAAAUUGGAAUCGACAACCCAGAGUGGAGGUUCAACCGCCUCUUCCGAUUGGCCCGACUCUUUGAGUUCUUCGACCGGACGGAGACCAGAACCAAUUUCCCCAACAUCUUCCGAAUUUCCAACCUGGUGCUCUACAUCAUCAUCAUCAUCCAUUGGAACGCUUGCCUCUUCUUCGCCAUCUCCAAGGUGCUCGGCUUCGGCUCGGACACCUGGGUGUAUCCGAGCGUAAAGAAUCCGGAGUUUGCUCGCCUGGCCCGGCAGUACAUCUACUGCUUCUACUGGUCCACCCUCACCCUGACCACCAUCGGGGAGACGCCUCCUCCAGUCCGAGACGUGGAAUACUUUUUUGUAGUAGUUGACUUUCUUACUGGGGUUCUCAUCUUUGCCACAAUUGUGGGCAAUGUGGGCGCCAUGAUAUCUAACAUGAGUGCCGCACGAGUCGAGUUCCAGGCCAAGGUCGACUCUAUAAAGCAAUACAUGCAGUUCCGUAAGGUCACGAAAGAUCUGGAGGUGAGAGUGCUGAAGUGGUUCGACUACCUGUGGACAGAGGAGAAGACCUGCGAUGAGAAGCAGGUGCUGAAGAACCUGCCGGACAAGCUGAAGGCAGAGAUAGCCAUCAACGUGCAUCUGGAGACGUUGAAGAAAGUGCGGAUCUUUCAAGACUGCGAGGCCGGUUUGCUCAUCGAGCUGGUCCUUAAACUUCAGCCUCAAGUCUUCAGCCCGGGAGACUACAUCUGUAAGAAGGGCGACAUCGGCAGGGAGAUGUACAUCAUCAAGGGAGGGAAGCUGGCCGUGGUAGCAGAUGAUGGGGUCACGCAGUUCGUGGUCCUCAGCGAGGGGGCGUACUUUGGAGAGAUCAGCAUCCUGGGGAUCAAGGGCAGCAAGGCAGGAAACCGAAGGACGGCCAACAUCCGGAGCCUGGGCUACUCCGAUCUGUUCGCCCUGUCCAAAGACGACCUGAUGGAGGCGCUCAUCGAGUACCCCGAUGCCAAGAGCGUGCUGGAGGAGAAGGGGAAGUCCAUCCUGAUGAAAGACAACCUCAUAGACGAGUCUCUGGUCGUGCCCACCGACGCCAAAGACUUGGAGAACAAGGUCAACAAGGUCGAAGCCAGUUUGGAGGUGAUGACGGUGAGAUUCAGGAAGCUGACAGCCCAGUAUGAAACCUCCCAGCGUAAACUGAAACAGCGGCUCAGUCACAUGUCCAACCAGGUCCAGACCCUCCGAGUCGAGCCUGUGGCGCCCUCUCUGGCUGGAGGACCUCCUCCUGAACACUCCGAUGUGGCUCACUAGGUCAGCGCCUCCUGGAUGUCUCACACCGCCUGGUACCAACAGGCUCGACUCGGUAAAGUCCUUCAACGCGUGUUCUCUGACCCAGACCAGCUGCUUGUCGUGCUGUUCA